AUGGGUUGGCUUAAACACAGAAAUGAACACCCACCCGCUAUCAAUUCGCAAGAACGUGGUGUGGCUGUUAAUAUUAGGCUAUUAGUGUUAGCAGUUACGAUAUUCAUAACAACGAACUGUUGA